AUGUCUGAGCUCAAACGCGACGUCAGAAACCAUCUCUUGUUCGAAUGCGCAUGGGAGGUGGCCAACAAGGUCGGCGGCAUCUACACCGUUAUCAAGACCAAGGUCCCUGUCACCGUCUCCGAGUAUGGCGACAGAUACUGUCUCAUAGGGCCCCUCAGUUACAAGACCGCACCUAUGGAAGUUGAAGCUUCCGAACCCACAGAUCCUCAUCUCGCAGCCACUCUUGAAAACAUGCGCAACGCCGGGGUCAAGGCACUCUACGGUCGCUGGCUUAUCGAAGGGGCCCCUCACGUUUUGCUCUUCGACACAGGUAGCCAGUAUUCGCGCCUUGAUGAGUGGAAGGGCGAUCUGUGGAAUCUCGCGGGCAUUCCUACCCCACCGAAUGACCAUGAAACAAACGAGACCAUCAUUUUCGGAUACAUCGUCGCGUGGUUUUUGGGAGAGUAUGUUUCUCGACAACUGGAGACCGCAGUUGUUGCACAUUUUCACGAGUGGCAGGCCGGUCUCGCAAUUCCCCUCUGCCGGAAACGUCACAUCGACAUCACCACCGUAUUCACAACGCACGCUACCCUUCUCGGGCGAUACCUAUGCGCCGGCAGUGUUGACUUCUACAACAAUCUUCAGUAUUUCGACGUUGACCACGAAGCAGGAAAGCGCGGCAUCUACCAUCGCUACUGUAUUGAGCGUUCUGCUGCCCAUUGCGCCGAUGUCUUCACGACAGUUUCCCACAUCACAGCCUAUGAAUCAGAACACUUACUCAAGCGCAAGCCCGAUGGAGUCCUUCCCAAUGGUCUGAACGUCAUCAAGUUCCAGGCAAUGCAUGAAUUCCAGAACUUGCAUGCUACGGCGAAAGCGAAGAUUAACGAGUUCGUCCGGGGUCACUUCUAUGGCCACUACGACUUUGAUUUGGAUAACACACUCUAUAUGUUCACUGCUGGAAGAUAUGAAUACCGCAAUAAGGGAGUGGAUAUGUUCAUCGAGUCUCUGGCGCGUCUUAACUAUCGGCUGAAGAAGUCUAAUUCCAAGAUGACUGUUAUAGCGUUCAUAAUCAUGCCUGCUGCAACACAUUCUUACACUAUCGACGCGCUCAAGGGCCAGGCAGUCACCAAGCAACUACGAGAUACUGUCACAGAAAUCCAGAACCGCAUAGGCGCGAGGUUGUUCGAACAUGCAAUUCGCUCCAACGGCGAGCACGGUACACUCCCGACGCCCGACCAGCUAUUGUCUGAAGAAGAUAAGGUGCUGCUAAAACGCCGGAUUUUUGCCCUGAAGCGUAAUGCGUUGCCACCCGUCACGACGCACAACAUGGCUGAUGACGCUAACGACCCGAUCUUGAACCAAAUUCGCCGCGUCCACCUCUUCAACUCAUCAGCCGAUCGCGUCAAGAUCAUCUUCCAUCCGGAUUUCCUCAACUCCAACAAUCCGAUUCUCGGUCUCGAUUAUGAGGAGUUCGUCCGUGGGUGCCAUCUAGGAGUCUUUCCCAGUUAUUACGAACCUUGGGGAUACACGCCGGCGGAGUGUACAGUGAUGGGAAUUCCAUCUGUCACCACUAACCUUUCUGGCUUCGGUUGCUUCAUCCAGGACCUUAUAGAGCGACCGCAAGAUGAGGGCUGCUACAUCGUCGACCGUCGCUCUCAGUCGGUGGAAGAUUCCGUGAAUCAGCUUACCGACCACAUGUUCAGCUUCUGCUCGAAGACGCGGCGGCAGCGCAUCAACCAGCGGAACCGCGUUGAACGCUUGAGCCCUCUGCUUGACUGGAAGAACUUGGGUAUCGAAUACUCUAAGGCGAGGCAGCUGGCGCUCAGGAGGGCGUACCCGGAUGCCUUCUACGGUGCGGGCGGCGAAGCGGAAGAGGAGGAGUUCGAUUUCGGGAUGGAGAGAAUGGCCCCGAACUCGGUACCUGCUAGCCCUCGGUUCAGGAUGACGGGCAUCGCGACGCCCGGAGACAUCGGCACACUCACAGAAGAGAUGCAAGCACUAGGAACGAGCGACUACCGCGGAUAUCACUGGCCUGGUGCGACCGAGGAUGAAGACGAGGGAUACCCAUUCCCCCUUGUAAUGAAGGUCCGUUCUCGUGCAAGUUCUGUGAUGUCGGGCGCCAGUACGCCCGGCGGCGGCAAGUCGAACAGUCUAAGCGACAGCGAUUUGCGGAAGGCGGAUGCGGCUCUCAGCCAUGUUGGAGAAAUUCAGGUCAACGGGAUUAACGGGAUUAACGGAAAACACUGA